UAUAGUGGAACUUGCAAUUAAAUACCGUAUGCAUUGUUUUCGCGGAUUGGAGUGUUGCAUCGAGAUUGAAUGCAAAGGGCAUUGGAAUGUAUUCGUGGGGAUGACUUUGUGGUGAAUUUCGAAAGAGUUUUUGAUUAUUUAUACUGCGGAGGACUGGACUGGAAUACAUUUUUGGGGAGGGAGUGCCGGAGGGAUUUGGAAAGAUUAUAUUUAUUUGAGAGGAGAAAAUCAUUCAGAGGAGAACAUUCAGUGAAGUUUUAACGAAAGAGCUCAUGAAGCAGAAAAUUAUGAAGAGAAAGUGCACGAGUUAUACAUCGAGAUUUUGGAUACUUGCCCUUGUCUCACUCACGACGAUACACAACGUUUGGACUGCACCUCAGCCACUAUCUGCCAUGUACUAUUCUGAUAAUUCUGUGGAAGACAGUGAGAAUCUUCUACUGCUGCAAAGGCUAAAGCAAGUUGCGGCCUUGAAACACGAGAUUCUCGAGGAGGAACGUGAGUUGACGGAGGCAGAACUCGAAGUACAGGCGAUUAUCGAGGCGAAACUGAGGAACCAGAGGAUCCUCCAACCCAUCGAGAGUGAGUCCUCCAACGAGGAGGCGGAGAUGUUGCCUAUUCCCAGUGCGGUUGUGCAUCAUGCACCAGUGGGACACACCGGGAAACGGACUAGCUACAUGGGCCUAUGUCAUUUUAAAAUCUGCAACAUGGGACGCAAACGGCAAUUAUGAACCGCCACGAACCAGCGAUUCCAACUUCUUACUGGAGUUUUCAAACUGUCACCGCCUCAAACAAAUAUGUUUUUGUUCCAUCGAUCGCUAAUGAAAAUUUAAUCUCCGAAAUACUUCACCGUUACUGCUUUAUUUUUGUACUGAAAUAGUGUUGGUUAUAUAGUAGGGAGUGCGUGAACCGAGGCAUGUUCACUUUUAGUAUUUAACAGUAUCUCGUCUUACUAGUUUAUCCAUUCACGUACAAAAAAUUUUAUAGCAAAACCUGGGGAAUUCUGUAGGAAAUUCUCCUAAAUUUCUAUUAAAUUUUUUAUUAGUUUUUGGGCAAUUUUAUUGAGGACUUCAGCAGCUUAUCGGAAAAUAUUCUAUAGAAAUCAAUAGAAUUCGAUUUUUAUAUGCAAUUUAUUCUAUAGAAAUAUUUUCUAUAGAA